AUGACAAAAGUUUCGCGCCUCGUCGCAUCAGGCGGGCUCCUGCUGACAACCCUCGGGUCCGCCGCCGCCACCGUCUACACGCCGAAGCACGAAGCCGGCCGCUGCGCCAUCCGAGGUCAUUGCGGAUCCAAGAGUUUCUUCGGCAGCCAGCUGCCCUGUGUCGACAAUGGGCCCGCCGAGGAACCCGACGUCGAGCUGCGCCGGCAACUGACUGAGCUGUGCGGUCCAAAAUGGGCCACCGGCCCGGUCUGCUGUAACGCCGAGCAGGUCGACGCGCUCAAGUCGAAUCUCAAGACGGCGAACCAGAUUAUAUCGACGUGUCCGGCUUGCAAGGAGAACUUCUUCAACAUGUUCUGCACCUUCACCUGCUCGCCCGAUCAGUCGCUCUUCGUCAACGUGACCAAAACAAUGGAGAAGAACGGGAAGACGCUGGUGACGGAACUGGACCAGCUGAUAUCCGAGAAGUAUGCGUCCGGGUUCUACAACAGCUGUAAGGACGUCAAGUUUGGCCCGACAAACUCGCGGGCCAUGGACCUGAUCGGCGGCGGGGCCAAGAAUCACACAGAGUUGCUCAGUUUCUUGGGCAAGGAGCGGUUUGGAGGCUCUCCGUUCCAGAUCAACUUCCCGCAAAGCUACAGCGAGCCAGGUAUGGAACCGCUGCCGAUGAAACCCAAGAAGUGUAACGACGAAGACCCCAACUUCCGCUGCGCCUGCAUCGACUGCCCCGCGGUAUGUCCCAAGCUCCCGGAUAUCGAGAAGGCCGGGUCGUGCCACGUCGGGGCCUUGCCGUGCUUGUCGUUCGCCUCCAUCCUGACGUACAGUUUGCUGCUAUUCAUGUGCGUCGCCGCCGUGGCGGGUCAUUUCGCCUGGAGCAGGCAUUCGCGGCGUAGGAGCGAGCGGCUGCGGCUGCUGACCGAUGCUGCGCCGAGCGAUGACGAAGACGAGGGCGAUCUCACCGAGAACGGCGCCAUGUUUGACCGGCCACAGAGCACAUACGUUGUCAAUAUGUGGUGUGAUGCCGCGUUUUCCCGGCUAGGGCACAUGGCAGCCAGGUUCCCCGCGCUGACCAUUGUGGGCAGCACGCUUGUGGUCCUGCUACUCAGCGCUGGCUGGUUCCACUUUGAGAUCGAAAAGGACCCAGCCCGCUUGUGGGUGAGCCCGACGUCGCCCGCGGCUCAGGAGAAGGCGUUUUUCGAUGAAAACUUUGGGCCCUUUUACCGGACCGAGAAAAUUUUUCUCGUGAACGACUUGAACUCUUCAGCGCCUGCUCCCCUGCUGAGCUAUGACACGCUUCUUUGGUGGAUGGAUGUGGAGUCCAGCGUUCGGAAGCUCAGAGGCCCCAAGUACGGAAGCACGCUCCAGGACCUCUGCCUCAAGCCGACCGGCGAUGCCUGCGUCGUUCAGUCGGUCUCGGCAUACUUUCAGGGUGAUCCCGAGAUGGUUGACCCGCGGGGGUGGAAAGACAGGUUGCGCGAAUGCGCUGACUCGCCGGUUGCUUGUCGACCCGAGUACGGCCAACCUUUGGAGCCAAACAUGAUUUUUGGCGGAUACUCCGAGUCUGGCGAUCCGGCUGAGGCAACGGCCAUGACAGUCACUUGGGUUCUGAACAACUACCCGGAGGGGUCACCCGAUGCAAACCGCGCCAUGGAUUGGGAGGAGGCCAUGAAGAACCGCUUGCUGACGCUCCAGGACGAAGCUCGAGAGCGCAACCUCAGGUUGUCAUUCUCCACCGAGAUCAGCCUCGAGCAGGAGCUCAACAAGUCGACCAACACCGACGCCAAGAUCAUCGUCAUCAGCUACAUCAUCAUGUUUCUUUACGCAUCCUUCGCGUUGGGAUCGACGACUUUGUCGUUCCGAGACCUUAUGCGCAACCCAGCCAUAUCACUAGUGGAAUCCAAAUUCACCCUUGGCGUGGUUGGCAUCGUCAUUGUGCUGAUGUCCAUCACGGCGUCCAUCGGCCUCUUUUCCUGGGUGGGCCUCAAGGCCACCCUCAUCAUCGUCGACGUUAUUCCCUUCAUCAUUCUGGCUGUCGGCGUUGACAACAUCUUCCUCAUUGUCCACGAGUUUGAGCGUGUAAACAUCAGCCACCCCGAUGAUGUAGUUGAGGUCCGGAUAUCGAGAGCGCUUGGCCGCAUGGGCCCGUCGAUUCUCUUCUCGGCCAUUACCGAGACGCUGUGCUUCGUGUUGGGCGCUUUCGUCGGCAUGCCAGCUGUGCGCAACUUUGCCAUCUAUGCGGCGGGCGCUGUUUUCAUCAAUGCCAUCCUGCAAGUCACCAUGUUUGUCUCAGUCCUCACCCUCAACCAGAUCCGAGUCGAGGACUCCCGCGCCGACUGCUUCCCCUGCGUCCAAGUCAAGUCAGCGAGGAUACACCUGAACGGGAACGGCGGUACCAACGGGGCUCGCUACUACGAUGCGCCUGCGGAGAGCCUGCUGCAGCAGUUCAUCCGCAAGACGUAUGCCCCCAGGCUGCUGGGGAAGAAGACCAAGGCGGCGGUCGUUGCUAUUUUCCUCGGCAUCUUUGCUGCUGGCUUGGCUCUGCUGCCGGAGGUUGAGCUUGGGCUAGACCAGCGUGUUGCGAUUCCCGACGACUCAUAUUUGAUCCCAUACUUCAACGAUCUCUACGACUACUUUGACGCCGGACCGCCUGUCUACUUUGUCACACGCGAGUUCAAUGGCACCCAAAGAGAACGGCAGCAGAGGAUUUGCUCUCGCUUCACCACCUGCGAGCAGCUCUCUCUUACCAACAUCCUUGAGCAGGAGCGGAAGCGCGAGGAAAUUUCCUACAUCUCAUCCCCAACCGCCGGCUGGCUGGACGAUUUCUUCCAGUGGCUCAACCCCGACAACGAAGCCUGCUGCGUCGAGCGCCGCAAGCCGUGCUUCUGGCGGCGCGAGCCGGAGUGGAACAUCACGCUAGCCGGCAUGCCGGAAGGCGACGAAUUCGUCCGCUACCUCCAGAAGUUCCUCACAGCUCCGACCAACGAGGACUGUCCGCUAGCCGGCCAGGCGUCCUACGGCUCCGCCGUUGUCGUCGACACAGAUCGCGACACCAUCCGCGCCAGCCACUUCCGCACGAUGCAUUCCCCACUCCGCAGUCAGCAAGACUUCAUCAGAGCCCACGCUUCUGCCCGCCGCAUCGCGCACGACAUCAGCGCCAGCACGGGCCUCGACGUCUUCCCCUAUUCGGUCUUCUACAUCUUCUUCGACCAGUACACGACCCUCGUGUCGCUGACCACCACCCUCCUGGGCUCGGCCCUAGCCAUCGUUUUGGUCGUCUCCUCCCUGCUAUUGGGCUCUGUGCUCACGGCGGCGGUCGUCACACUCACCGUGGCCAUGGCGCUGGUUGACAUCGUCGGCGCCAUGGCGCUCAUGGGCGUCUCGCUCAACGCCGUGUCGCUGGUCAACCUGAUCAUCUGCGUCGGCAUCGCCGUCGAGUUCUGCGCCCACGUCGCUCGCGCUUUCAUGUUCCCUAGCCGAACCUUUAUGGAGCGCGCAAAGAACCGGUUUCGGGGGCGGGACGCGCGCGCGUGGACUGCGCUGGCGAAUGUGGGUGGGAGUGUGUUCUCGGGUAUUACGGUCACCAAAGUGCUGGGCGUCACGGUGCUUGCUUUCACGAGGAGCAAGAUCUUUGAGAUUUACUAUUUCAGGGUGUGGGUCGCGCUCGUCGUGUUUGCCGCCAGCCAUGCGCUGGUGUUCUUGCCCGUGGCGCUGUCGUUGUUGGGAGGGGAGGGAUAUGUGGACCCGGAGAGCGAGGGCGGGUUGGAGGAGGACCUGGCGAGUCGCCGGUACAGGUCGCUGGUGCCGGGUGACAUGUCGGAUUCGGAGGAUGAGGCGGAGGAUUAG